AUGCUUCCGAUUUACUUGACGAUUAUAUUGCUUUUGCCAACAAGUCGAGUACUGUCACAGGAAGAUGCCAAACACACAGAAACACGCCUGCAGAGACUGGAGAUACUUCUCGACAGACAACAGUCUAUAAAUAAGGAACUUCAAACUGAAAUUAGUAGACUGAAUCUCGAAAUUACCGAAUGUACAUCUAUGAAAGGACAUAUUUCAGCUCAAAAGAGACAGAAUCCUCCAAAUAAAGUAGCAUUUUCAACGCAACUCACAACACAUAUAACUGGACUAGGCAAGCACGCAGCUGUUAUAUUUGACAAGGUUAUACUGGAUACGACUACAUCAUACAAUAAUGGCGAUGGUGUAUUUGUUGUUCCCAUUGUUGGUAUUUACGUAUUUACUUGGACGGUAUCGAUAGCAAAUGGUGAUUGGCAAACCACAGAAUUGGUCGUAAAUGGCAAUCCAUAUGCUUUCACCAAAGUGGACACUGGUGACGGUAGUGACUACGGUAGUGGUACACAAACUGCUGUCCUAAAGGUAAACAAAAGUGACCACGUAUGGAUAAGAACGGGGAACAUAGGAGACGGCGUCGUGGACGGCAAAACGUAUAAUACAUUUUCGGGCUGGAUUUUGUUUCCAAUGGAAUAA